AUGAGAGCCGCGUCCUACACCCAGAAGAGCCUGCAGGUCAGCGGCUCCAGCGGCAGAGUUCGGGUCCAGAGCCCGUCACCUUCCCGCUGCCGUGGAUCCUCAUACGACAGCCGCGGACGCGCCGGUUACCGCAGCACUGCCGUCGAGCUGGGCACAGAGAUCCACCAGCAACAUGCCAACGAGAAAGAGGAGAUGCAGGAACUCAAUGUCAAGUUUGCAGGAUACAUAGAGAAGGUGCAAGCACUGGAGCAGAGGAAUGCUUCCCUUCAAGCUGAGCUGGCUGCGCUGCAGGGACGCUACAAGGGAGGCCCCACAGGCAUCGGAGAAGAAUACGAGCUCAAGUUUAAAGAGGUGCGGGAGCUGAUAGAGGCCCUGACUAACGAGAAGGGAGCAGCUGAUAUCGAACGAGGCUACAUUGAAGAAGAGGUUGAAGUGUGGAGACUAAAGCUGGAGGAGGAGCUGGCCCUCAAGGAGGAGGCAGAGAUGAUCCUGACGGAGUUUCGCCAGGAUGUCGACAAUGCCACGCUGCAGAAGGCCGAGCUGGAGAAGCGUAUCGAGCAACUGGUGGCUGAGAUAGAGUUCCUCAAGAAGCUGCAUGAUGAAGAGGUGGCUGACCUCAUGAAGCAGAUUGAAGACUCAAAGAUUACUGCAGAGAUGGAUGGCGAUCGUCCUGACCUGGCUGCUUAUCUGCGCAACAUGCGCGCAGAGAUAGAAUCUGUCGCUGCCCGCAACGUCCAAGAGGCAGAGAAAUGGUACAAGGGCAAGUUUGACACCCUCAAGCAGCACGCCGGCAAACAUGAAGAGCAAAUGAAAAGCAUGAAAGACGAAAUCACGACCUUCCAUAACCAAGUGACAGAGCUGCAGAAUCAGAUCGACGGUCUGAAGGCUCGCAACUCGGCCCUGGAGCAGCAGCUGGAGGACAUGGAGAUGGCCCACAUGGAUAAAGUGGGGGGCCUCGAGGGUGUCAUUGCUCAGUUGGAGACCCAGCUCUGCGAAACCAAACUGGAGAUGACAAAGUAUCUCCAAGACUACCAGGAACUGCUGCACAUUAAGCUCAAGCUGGAUGCGGAGAUCGCCACCUACAGGAAGCUGCUGGAAGGGGAGGAGAGUAGGCUUGGAAUUGCCAAAGAUGCCUAA